AUGACUUUUCCCAAUCGCAUCAACUACCGUCUGCGCUCUCGGGAGAAAUCUCCGCAAACGGAGCACAAGUUGACGGCUCGUGACGUCGAGACGAGUCCGGUGCAAUUGAUGACGGUCUCUUGUCCCGCUUCCGAUCUUGUGACGCAAGUCGACAAGUUCCAGACGUCAGUAGUACACGAUCACGCGCUUCUGCCGCUUACACACAAGUUGAUGGCCCUGAUCUCCCAGCCUGCCAAGCUCCUUGCAGCAUUAGUAGCAAACUGCGACCAAAGGACGUCAAAGCAAGUGUUUUGGGCCAAGGCCAUUGCGUACCAACACGCAGAGCUUCAGGGGUUAUGCACGGCUUGGUUCCGGAUCAUGGAGGACAUUGACCAGUACGAGCUCAGUCCCACUGACGUAAUGGUGUUGAAGGCCGUACUUUACUACUGGCGCAUGUGGCAGUUUGUCUGCAUCACGUGCAUUGACGCUGUCACUUCAAUCGAAGAAUCAGCGAUGAGACGCUUACCUCGACCACCACCCGAGUCCAAGACGUGGGUCUCGCUCCUCCAGAAGCGACGAACAGCGUCAAUCUCUCCUCCACUCGAGGCCAAGUGCUUGGACGCUGUGUCCCAAGGCAUGGUCUUUUCCGGAUCGGGGCUAUCAAAACGCUCGCGGAUCACAAAGAAGAGCAACGAGUUCCUCGUUGCGUGGUUCCUCGCACACAAGGACAACCCGUACCCGUCUCCGGACGAGCGCAUGGAAAUCGCGACACGAACGGGACUUGCUGAGCAGCAAGUGCGUAAUUGGUUUGCGAACAUGCGCAAACGCCAUUGGAAACCCAACCGUGCAAACGCCAAGAAACCACGUUGUUUGCUCGACUAUGUCUUGCGGCAGUCCGAAGCUUGA